UCCAACGUCUUACUUAAUGUGAAUGCGAAGCUCGCGAUAUUGCUCAUAUCAGGAUUACCACAAUAAAAACCGAAUAAAAAUUCGCCAAUCGAUAAACGUCCAUGGUCGACAAAACUUGUGAAAAUGUGGUUUCUCGUGCUCGCUCUAAGUGCGCUGCUCGCGCUGUGCAACGGUGCCGUGUCCUACAAUGGCUGUGAUUACGUCUACAGUUACCCUUCGAAUGCCGUUGGCUAUGUGCAAUCGCCCAAUUGGUCCAACUAUUACCAGCCCGGGACGAACUGCCGGUUCACUAUCCAGGCACCCGCCAGACACUAUCUCUACGCCCAGUGCUAUGACAUGUAUCUGCCGUCCAGCUACGGAUGCUACUACGAUAAAGUCCUGGUUUCACCGUCAGGCGACACCGCGCUGGGCGAUGCACAGGUCCGAUGCGGCACGACACCGUUCAACAUUGCUUCCACCGGCAAUAAGAUGGUGAUUGCACUGCAAACUUCCACGACAUCGAUGGGUGGGCGCUUCCGGUGCCAGAUUACUGCCGUGCCGAUGCCCUGUGAUUGUGGAACCCGAUUGACGCCUUUCAUUGUAGGAGGUGAAUCAGCGCAACCCAAUGAAUACCCCAUGGCAGCAGCUAUUAUUGAAGUUUCGUCCAAAUCUCUAUUAUGCGGUGCCACUAUAAUUACCGACCGGCACGCUUUGACAGCUGCUCACUGCCUCUCCGGACGUUCAAUCUCCAAUACCGCUCUGUUGGUUGGCGAUCAUAACAUGAAAUCUGGAACUGACACCAGCUUCGCGAAGCUGAUGCUUAUUUCAACCUUUACCAUCAACUCGGCCUACAAUGCACAAGCCAAGACCAACGAUAUUGCCCUUGUCCGAACGACCGAUCAGAUUGUCUUCAAUGCCGGAGUGAACCGAGCCUGUCUUCCGUACGGGUACGCAACGCAAACCUUCAACGGUGUCUAUCUGACCACACUCGGUUGGGGAACACUGGAUUUCGGAGGUCCACUGGCAACCGAUUUGCAGAAAGUUGCCCUCCAGGUCAUGCCACUCACCGACUGCCGGACCAAACUCUCCGGUAUGAGCCCCGUACAGGACAACCAAAUCUGCACCUAUACGGCGGGCAAGGACAGCUGCCAGUACGACUCGGGCGGUCCAAUGCUGUACGUUGACGCAAACGGUGGCAAAGCGUACGCCGUGGGAGUGAUCAACUAUGGAAUCACGUGCGCAUCCCAAUACCCUAGCGUGGGCGCUCGGGUUACCUCCUAUUUGAGCUGGAUUGAAACCAACACCGGCUUCAGUUUCUGCGAAAAACCGUAACAGAAAUGUAUCACGUGCGGAUUUGAAGCAGGAAAAUAAAACGGAUUUGAAAUUAAA